AUGGCUGGUGGCAAGAAAAAGAAGAAGCCAGCUACAAAUCCUGCUAGAGGUUUUGCUACCACCUCGAUUGCCUCGAAGCCCAAAAAUGAAGCUAUCGAAGCUAUCAAGGAAAAGGAUGUAGCAGAUGACGCGAUCGAUACAACUGAGAGUCAACAACUGGGGGAAAAGGCUGGCGAAGUCGUAGGGAAUGGAUCCUCAAAUCAGGACUCUAAUUUGACCCCGGAAGAGUUCGAAAAGCAACUCGAGAAUUCUGAGCUUCAAAUACUCGUCGAGAAACAUUCGCAGAAGUCAAAGAGAGAUGCGCUUCGUCAAAAGACCCGAUUAGAAACCGAUCGCAGAGUUCUACGAGGCCAAUCAGAAACUCUUAACACGAGGAAAUGGCUACCCCCUGAGCUUAUGGAAGAGAUCUUGGAUUUGAUCAAAAUGGAAGGGCGAUUUUCCGGUCCAGCAACAGAUACAACUUCGUUGAAGCAGGUAUCGGAGGAGGAGCUUGCAAUUCGACUUUGGACUUUACAACAAGCUCUCGUCGGGGCUGGGUUUGUAACAGAUAAAGUAUUAUUGGCUCUUCAGCACGUUUUGGAUAUUUCGGAUAAGAUUGGCAGUAGUAAUAAGGAUUCAAUUUGGGGCAUGGAAGAAUCGCUGGAGUGGCUUUCCCGUGAAUGUUCAAGGGAAGAAUUGCCCGAUUACCAGAAUUCACAUCGCAGAUUAGUAUCUUCGCAAAAGUCACAAAAUGGUACACCGUUCGACAGCCCCAUGGCCUCGGGAACAACUACCCCAAGAAUCGAAUCAGAUACAAGGCAUUCUGCUUCAAUCCAAAUUGGAGGAAUUGCCCCUCGAAAUGGAAAGAAGCAAGAAAGCAAGAAAGUAGCCAUAGUAGAUUAUGACAGCGACAUUGACCCGGAAGAUCUCCUCCCAGUAUAUCUGAAAACCAAAGAAAAGAUGUUCAUACUCCAAAAUUCGAAGUCUACAGCUGAUACACGUUCAAAUGGCAAAAGGGGCGCUCCGAAAUCACAAAAAAAUGGAAGUCCCGUUGAUGCAGAGUCAGCGAGGUUAGCAAGAAAGCUCAAGAAAAUAGAGGAUGAUGUCUUGUUUGACAAAUAUCCUGCAGAAAUACAGUGGAACGAACAAAGAAUAAAGCUAGAGAGAGAUGCAGCUAUCUUGCGCGCUUCUGAAGUGGCUGCAGAUAAGGAAGCACAAGAGUCUGACAUUUCAGUGGAUUCUGAUGACGAAAUUAGCAGAGAAGCAGCUGCGAUUGGCAAAGCCAUGCUGGAAGAAACUGGUAGCGACGACGAUGCCGCGCUAGCUGAUCUUUUUGCCAGCUUACCUGUCAAUGAAGUAGAUCCGCUGACUGGUAAAAGCAGUACGGUGAUUAAUGGUAAGGAUGGGACGAAGGUUACUGUUCGAGAUUUUGGGAAAUGGUCAGGUGUCAACCCAACUAGGGUGCUUGAAGAAGCCUGUCGAGCAAGGGACUCUUCAGUGAGGUUAGUUUACACUCUCAUUUCUGAUACCAGUUACUCGAAUCGCCAUAAUCUCCGAAUCACCUGGUCAAAAUCACAAGAUCCGCUUGCAACUACACCCCUCCCACAGGUCGAAUAUGCCUCAAGUCCGAAAUUACAAAGCUUUACUAUGAUUUCUAUAUCCACCCCCGACUCCCGCCAAUCCGAAGCAUAUAUUGCUACAACUGCAUUAUUUCUUAUUUUUGGGUCAUCAGCGAAAGAAGAUAAAGUUUCUCUCCGGUUACCAGCAGCAUGGCGUGAUCUUUGGACCGAAUUUGCCGAGAUUAAGAAGGAAAAGUCUGAUGAAGAAGAUCGAAAUGCUAUCAAGACGUUCCGUGACUUAGUUCGCGCAAAACGAGAUCAAGAACUAGAAGACGGUGUCUUGAUACAUGGCGCUUUCCGAAAUCGAGGAGCGGUCAGGACGCCUGGUAACGAGGAGGCUUCCAUAGACAAAGGUCCCAAGGCAGGAUUUGCUCCCGAGGCAUAUCAGAGAAUUUGGGCCGAAAAAUCCUCGUCGCACAGUUAUCAGCACAUGCUUCAGUCACGAAUGCAGCUACCUAUGUGGUCAUUCAAAGAUGAGGUACUUGGUGCUAUAGAUCGCUCACAAGUAGUUAUUGUUUGUGGUGAGACUGGAUGUGGAAAGAGUACGCAAGUCCCGGCAUUUAUUCUGGAGCACCAAUUGUCUAGAGGAAAGCCUUGCAAAAUUUAUUGCACGGAACCUCGACGUAUUUCUGCAAUAUCUCUUGCUCGCCGUGUGAGUGAAGAGUUGGGAGAACGCAAGAGCGAUCUCGGCACUUCUCGCUCACUAGUAGGCUAUGCCAUCAGACUCGAGUCUAAUACAUCAAAAGAGACUCGGCUUAUAUAUGCUACCACCGGAAUCGUGAUGCGAAUGCUCGAGGGUUCAAAUGACCUUAGAGAUAUCACGCAUAUCGUCCUUGAUGAAGUUCAUGAGCGCACAAUAGACAGUGAUUUCUUACUUAUCGUCCUUCGAAAAUUAUUGGUGCGGAGACCGGAUCUGAAAGUUGUUCUAAUGUCUGCGACUGUCGAUGCAGAUCGCUUUUCAAAAUAUCUAGAUGGCGCUCCUGUCCUGAACGUCCCAGGUCGUACAUUCCCCGUUCAGGUUAAAUAUCUAGAAGACGCCGUUGAGCUCACAGGAUUUUCUUUAGAUAACGGCCUGCAAGAAAAGUAUACUGACCUUGAUGACGAUGUCGAGCUCGCAGAUGAGGUUUCUAGCGAGAUAACAAAGAGUGAAAGUACGAAGGCUCUACGAGGAUAUAGCAACAAAACUCGGAAUACUAUUGCACAAUUUGAUGAGUAUCGGAUAGAAUUUGAUCUGGUAACGCAAUUAAUAGCAAAGAUCGCUGCUGACGAUCGGUUGGCGCCGUAUAGUAAAGCCAUCCUUGUAUUUCUUCCAGGUAUUGCUGAGAUACGAACCUUGAAUGAUAUGCUCUGUGGGCACCCAGCAUUCUCGUCAGACUGGUAUAUAUACCCGUUACACUCCACCAUCGCAAGUGAGGAUCAAGAAGCUGCUUUCCUUGUGCCGCCACCUGGAAUCAGAAAAAUCGUUCUGGCUACCAACAUUGCUGAAACUGGUAUCACUAUUCCAGAUGUCACUUGUGUAAUUGAUACAGGAAAGCAUCGCGAGAUGAGAUUCGAUGAGAGGAGACAGCUCUCUCGUCUAUUGGAAACCUUCAUUAGCAAGGCAAAUGCCAAACAAAGAAGAGGUAGAGCUGGAAGAGUACAAGAGGGACUCUGCUUUCAUCUUUUUACUAAAUAUAGACACGACGAAAUCCUCGCCGAUCAGCAAACCCCAGAAUUCCUCCGUUUGUCUCUUCAAGAUCUUGCCAUUAGAGUCAAGAUUUGUAAGUUAGGUGGUAUCGAGGAGACAUUGAGUGAAGCAUUGGAUCCCCCGUCUGCUAAGAAUAUCAGACGUGCUAUUGACGCGCUUGUAGAUGUUAGAGCCUUGACAGCAGGGGAAGAUUUAACGCCGCUGGGUCUCCAGUUGGCGAGGUUGCCACUCGAUGUUUUCUUGGGAAAACUUAUGCUCCUUGGUAGCGUUUUCAAAUGUCUCGAUGCAGCAGUAACAAUUGCUGCAAUCCUUUCUUCAAAAUCACCAUUCUCUGCUCCUUUUGGCCAGCGACAACAAGCGGAUACUGUCAGGCUUGCCUUCAGAAAAGGUGAUUCUGACCUUUUGACAGUUUAUAACGCCUACCUAGCUUGGAAGAAAGUUUGCAUGGCCAAUGGCUCCGAGUAUCAAUUCUGUCGCAAAAACUUUCUUAGCCAGCAAAGUUUAUCGAAUAUUGAGGACUUGAAAGGACAAUUGGUGGUGUGUCUUGUGGACUCUGGGUUCCUCCCUCUCACAGAGGCUGAGAGAACUGCUUUAAAUAGAACACGUUACUCGAGCCGCCGUCGACAAUUUUUCGAAAUGCCCUUCAGAAUCAAUGCAAACAGUGAUAACGACAUCAUUGUCUCUUCUGUCAUUGGUUGGAGCUUCUAUCCAAAACUUCUUGUCCGGGAUGGUAAGGGAUUCCGCAACUGCGCCAAUAAUCAAUCCAUUAGUCUGCAUCCUACCUCUGUAAAUAAGGGUCAUCAUGAGCUCAAAUGGCUCUCGUAUUAUCAUAUUAUGCAGGCCAAGCAAUUUUACAAUGCCCAUGAAACCACAGCCGUAGAAGAAUUCUCAAUUGCUCUACUCUGCGGAGAUGUCCGUUGCGAUAUGUACGCCGGUGUCUUCAUAUUAGAUGGUAAUAGAGCUCGAUUUGCUGUGUCGGAUUGGAAAACGAUGCUUGCUAUUAAAACAAUGCGAGCUAGACUUCGAGAUAUACUCACCAAAUCUUUCAAAACGCCUGGAAAGGCCCUCACAGCACAACAACAAAAGUGGUUGGAUCUCUGGCAGAAGAUCUUUUCACAGGAAUUUAAAGAUAAGUAG